GUUGAAAUAGUUGGGAUCGUUCUAGCACCUCUGGAAUUUGCUCAGCGUCCAGAUAUGGUAUACCUCAUGUUCCCAAAGGAUUUUCAGGAUGCCCUUUGAAACAUCCCGUAUACUUCUCUAGACUUGCUACCGGUCCUCGACGUUGCCAAAAAGGCGGAAAUGCAGUGGCUCGUCACUCAUACCUCUGUGAUGUUCUCGGCUAAGGAAGCGCGGAUUCAACGAAAAAAUUUGGCACCUGGUGUUUCUAUAGAUGAUUUGAGGAUGAACUUCAAAGAUUCUCUGUUCAUCAUGUUCAUGAGCUUCUCGGGUCUCCAGGGAGAUCGUUCGCGCGUUUUUGUUAUCAAUCAGCCUGAAGGUAGCGGCAUGCAUGCCAUCUUCUUCAUGCAAUCACUACGACUAGAUAUUGCAAACGCGACGGUAAUGCUCGCAGAGAGCAUACGGACUAUCAAUGUCAAUGCCGUUGAGCUACAACUAUGGAAGCACGCAAUUCCGGCGUUCGUAGAACGUUGCAGAGACUGGAAGCAUCUUCCAACGUGCGAGUACAAGACUGAGCAGCGAAUCCCGUUGUCCUACGCCCGUGGCAAACAAGUCAUCUGCUCGUGCGGAAAUGGCAAACUUCCAUCAGACUUCAUUGAAGGUGUACCAAAGUGGGAUCUGGUAAAGAACUACGCCGUACGGGUUGCAGUCUCUCCCGUCUUUCCAGUCCCAUACGUCGAGGCGUUGGCCGGCAAGGAAAGCAGAUUCCUUGAGCCCCCUAAGCCAAAUGUUGAAGCGUGUGCCGUCUGCGUUAAAACAGCAGAUGAAAUUGGCAAAGCACUGAUGAGGUGUGCAAACUGCCAGAGCGAUGACUCGGUCUCGGAGCAUCUUGUAUGUCUUUUCUGA